UAUCGUUUUAUCGUUAUCGCAGGUUCGAAAAUUAGUUAUCGCGGAAAGCACUGUUGAAACCACAUAAAGGCUAACUAUUUUGAUGAUUUCUUGUGAAAUCAAUUCACCAUGAAUAUUCUUCCAAAGAAGAGAUGGCAUGUGCGCACCAAGGAGAACAUUGCACGAGUGCGCCGUGAUGAGGCUGCCGCAGCAGAACAGGAGAAGGAGCGACUGCGUAGAGUGGCCUUGGCGGAACAAGAGUUUCGCACAAGUAUCCUGCGCAAACAGGCGUCAGAGCGGCGAAAGGCGAUCGGCGAGACAUCUGGUGAUCAGCAGCCGCAACUGGAGCCGGGGCAGAGCUCUGCCGAGAAGGUCAUUUCCAUCACAGGGACUUCAGGGCACAUCAAUUUCUUCCAACAUCUCGAAGAAGGUGAGAGAACUGCUGGUCCAAAUGAGGAAUAUUUGCGGGAACAAAGAGAAGAGAAGGAGAAGUACGAAAAGAGUAUCGGCUAUUUGACUUACCUGGGUCAGGGGUCGCGUGAAGAGACCAAGCAGAAGGCGUGGUUCGAGUCACUGCCAGCGAACCGGUCGGCAGAGGCGACAGCCGGGGGGAGCGAGGAGGUCAACCGGAGAGCUAAGUGCCGUGAGGACCCACUGGCAGUGGUGAAGAGGCUCACGGGGGACACAAAAGACUCCAGCGACGCCGGUCCGAGCUCUGUCACUGUUUCCACCCCUCGCCGUCACUCCAGGCCUGACACAGCAACUGAUACAGCAAACACUCGCUGCAAGAGCGAGGCGACAACAACACACAAGAAACGCCGUCAUCGCGAAGAGCAGCGAAAGCAUCGAAAAGCAAAGAAAAAGAAACGUUCUAAGCGAAAGACUAGGUCUAGAUCACCAAGCCACAAGAGUCACAAGUCGUCCAAGAAGCGGCGCCGCCGUUCGCCCAGUCCGAGUGAAUCCAGCAGCAGUUCUGAGGGCAGCAGCUCGGCUGCCGAGGAGGAGGCCGCACGCCGGAUACGUCUGGAGCGGCUGCGCGCCGAGCGGCUGAAGCGGGAGCGGGAGGAGCGGCAGCGCGCCGAGCGUCUGAUGAGCCAGCGGGCGGGCGGGUCGGCGGCCGAGGCGCCGUCCGCGCCGGCGCCCACCGAGCCGCCGCUGCGACAGCGCUACAACGCCCAGUUCAACCCGUACCUGGCCAGGCAGAACUACCGGCCCAGCUAGUCGACCGGACGCCCUCGCCACCGACCUGCUGCAGGGCUGGUAUGUACCGGUGCUCGGCGCACUCAUCAUCGUAUUUAUGUGUGCAAUGUUCUGUUGUCCCAUGUGCAUUGCAAUCACACUGCUAGGUAGUCUGACACACCCUGCAAACAUCCAGCAAACGCCGUCUUUUCACAUGUUUCGAGGCAUUUCCAUCUGUUCCAUAUGGGGCAUGGGCUGCAGGUGAAAAUGACGGCGAGUGUCACGUGGGACUCUAUCGGCCAGCUAGAUGAGCCCCUAUGUGAGAACCGCAUGCAACCCACAUAGUCGCUCCAAUUGCUUCCCACAUCUAUUCUCAGCUGCUGUUUCAGUCUUCACAUUUCCAUUCGUCUUCGCGGCGAGGAGGCUUCUUCGAGAAACACGGGAAGGCAACCUAUUGGUACGGUAUUCUUCCUCCUGAGCUCUUGAGUUUUCUGAUUUAUGGAAGGCAAGUCGAGAAAAGGUUCUAAUAAAGCCCUGAAGCACAAAAAUACCUAGUUGAAAAAAAACGGUGGCAGUUCCGUCUCGUACGCGACAUAAACUAACCCGCGAAUCCAUGCCCCUCAGACCACUACACAGGUAUGGGAAAUCGUCGAAAAUGUCGGAAUCCAGGUUAUCAAAACCAGACUUCCCAGGAUAGUUGGAACGAAAGGAUUCCACAUAAGCACUUGCCGAUAUUGAUACCGGCAUGCAAUAAACUGAGUUUAAAGGCAAUAAUGCUUGUUCAGGAUAUCCAAAUGCCAGGACUAGGUACUCGCCGGCAAAUCGACACUCUUUCCUCCAUGGAGAAUGUGCCGAAGUUACACCUGUCGAUGCAGAAAAACACAUUGGUAUGUGUCAAUAGUUGGGUUUGCGAAACAUUUUGGAUUGUAAAGACAGGCGACAACGGAGCAUCGCCUGACAUUGCAUUCACACAUUUAGACCUAAUGCGGUACCAAGCAUGAACGGUACAGUACAACACAUUGGUUUGUAGGAAUAUGAGUGCAAAUGCUGCAAAUCAAGCCAUCACCCAGCCAGCAAUCCCGCUACGAUCCCGAUCGGGAAUUCCGGAUUUUCACGUAGCCGGCCCGUUCGGGAUAGGAGCGGGAUCGCAUCGGAAAGUGAGACACUUCGAGUGGACGUCAUGACCGGCGGUAGUCGCUACCGAGUCCGGCAGGUCACACCACAUACGAUUCACGUUCUCUCCCGGCGGAGACGGAGCUGAAAUUUUUGAGACCGCAGAGUGUCUGACUGAAUCCAGCAUGUAAGUCACUGACUUGAGAUUGGAUGUCCUCCUCCUGUUUGGCCAUUUGCAGGGCUCGGGGCAGUGUGAUAUCUGAUAUGGAAAAGAACUUACGCUGGAGCUCGGUAUCAGCGCAGAGGGUUGUGCAUUGUGCAAUCCCAGCGCUGUGUUUUCCCACUGCUCGGCGGAGAAGUUACAUUUCUCCGCUACGCUUGCGCUAGCAAAAACAUGACAGUGGUUGUGGGUCUAUAUAUUUACAUGGCGGUCACCACUGCAUGUUUUUGGGUGAGGAAGAAACGCCCACUAACCCCACCCGAACCCGCAAGCUAGCUUGGGCAGCGCGCACGCAACGAAUACAUCAACCGCAAACAUCUACGCUGCACAUGAGACACUCCUGAUUCCGGGUUAGUUACAUUUGUGGGCUUGAAGGAUUAGCCGGCUGACGAAAUGUCCGACUGAAACUAUCGCCGUCUUUUCGGACUAGCGCUUGGAGCUGCGCCCGUUCACAUGUAGCGUUCACUGAUACUCUUCAGAAGGCACUAACUGGAAGGGUGAAUGGAGGCAACUCUCGCGGCAGAUUGGCAUGUGUAGUAGGUUGAAUAAAGGCUGAAAAAAAAACACUCUUACCUCGCACUCGGGAGAUGGCAUUAUGAACCACUUUUUUAAAUUGGUGAAUGGUGUGGGUCUCUUUGCAUAACCUCAGCUCCAAGGCUUUCGCUUUCACUUCUGCCCAUGCCUUUGUUUUGCGUUGGUUGCCACCGGGGGACUUGAAGUCGCCAUAUAGGUCCUGCAUUGAGGAGAGUCAUGGAUUGUUACCAUUGUGCGACACCAAAGUACAUGAUUACGAAUGACACACUCACUAUUACAUAGCAAGAUGACGGUUGGUAUUUGAUACAGCUGAAACUACCAAUGGGUGAUUGAACAUUUUCUAGAAAACAUUUUGCAAUAGUUUAUGGAUGCAUUAUUAUUGCAAAUAUGUUUACUCCUGUGAUCAUUCAACAAUAGUGCUGCUCCAAGCACCAGCAAUGAAAUCUUAUUGAUAGGUGCCAGCUGCCAGCUUCAUUUGCUUACAUCUUUCCGAAGUCGCAUGAAUUGGAACUGUAUCUUCUUUUGUUGGCGUUCAGAGUGCUUCAUCUUGUCCACUGGCAUGAAGCACGUAACUAUCUAAGUGCAGUGCAUCUGCAAACAAUGAGAAAAUCACAUGGUACUGUUUGGUAUUACUGUUUGGACUCCACAGCUUAUUUAUGCAAUACUAAAUACUGCUACUUCUGCUCAAUGUUUGGCACUAAGUAGUAACCACAAGCCACUUGGGUAGUUGCCAAUAAGACAUGAGGGUGUGUGCACAAAAUCUUACAUCCGAUUGUGACCUGAAAUGCAUCCUUUGUCAAUAGCACCCAAAGCCUUCUACUCAGGAGUUUGAAGGAAAAUUAUCCAAGAAAAUGAAUAAAUUUUAAUUGAGGAUCCAAGAUUCUUAACAUAUCUUGAUAAAGCACCAGAGUAGAUCCAAAAUCCAUGAUUCCCUGGAUCCCUCGACAAGCUGUGUAGUGCUGGAUCCAAGAUCCCCUGGAUCCCUCAACAAAGUAAGAGUUACUGGAUCCAAGAGUUACUGGAUCCAAGAUCCCCUGGAUCUCUUCUCAAAAUCUGAGUUGCUGGAUCUAAGAUCUACCUGGAUUCCCAGAUCAUGGAUCCAGCGGAUCCUGAAUUUUUGGGAUCUUGGCACAAGCCUGGUCAGAGGUAUGACCAGUUUGUGUUAUCACAAUAUAUUACCUAACAUAGGUGGCCAUUGGUCAAAAUUUUAUAGUUAAUUGCAAACUAUUAAAUCCAUCAGUACCACUAACACCUAAGAUAUGUAGGCACACACGACAUGAUCACUGGCCACCAUGCUAUGAUGAAUCCCUGCGGCUGUUAUUGAUGGACUUUAUUGCCCUGCAUUAGAAUACGGAUACCAACGGCAAUUUAUCCCAUAGACGUAUGUAGCACACACUACACAUGGCUCACGUAUUGAACCGAAAAUAUAUUGAAGUGUUGCAGUUGUUAAACCCGAGUUGGGGUUUAACUUUUUGUUAUCUAUAUCAUGAGCACCACAUCACAGGUUCAAUUCAAAUUUAUUUCCGCGACCCCAUCUGGGGUAUGGGAAGAUCAUACACAUGAACACACAUACACACAUAAACGAACACAAUAACCGAGCAUCGCACGCCUUGUGAUCAGCAACGCAUAGUGAGAUGGCGAACCUCGUGACGAGCAUCGUGCCACAUUUACAUCUUGCACAAAGUGACCGUGGUUCAAUAUUUACACAUACACAUUUAGCAUAUACACAGUUACAGGACAUUUUUAAGUAAUUAAAGGUGCGCUUCCUGAGACUCUGAGAUGGGCCAUGGAUUAACUGCAAGAUGGACUACAUGUAAAGUUGAAAUGGACAACGUGUAUUGCAUUUUAUGGGAGGGAGGGAAGGCAAGGAGAGGGUCAGAAACAAAAUAGUCAAGAAAAUAAAAAUAGUCAGAAAAGAAAUAGUCAAGGAGUAGUCAGUAAAGUAGUCACUCACUCAAGUAGUCACUCACUCACUGGAAUAGUCACUGAAAGGAUGCAUUUAUGUGCCGGAUGAAUCUGGACAGCUGAUACAACAGCUUCUUGUUAUCAGACGAGAAAAGGUGUUUGAAUUUGUUUGCAUC